AGCAUCACCGUGCCAGGCUGCUGCUGUGCUGCCACCACCACCAGCAGCAACCGCCCGGCCGAGCUGCGACCCUGCGAGGGGUUUAGGUUCUGGUGCGGCGGGAUCCAGGGCUUGGAUGGCGGCGGCGACGGAGGAUCCGCGGCUCCUGGGAUCCGCCGCUGGGGUGGAAGGCGCGGGAAAGAUCGACGACGCGGUGGGGGAGCAAGGGCGGCCGCGAGGCGACAACGACGAGGAGAUCCUGCGAUUCAUGGACUCGGUGGACGGCUACCUCGUCCUCAUGGACUCCCUCUCCGCCGCUCUUCGUCAGGGGUGGCUCGAUAUGGCAAGUGCUCGCCAUUCUAUGGGCCCAUCACGUGUUUCAAGUACACUGUUUGAUCAUAAAGAACAGUCUGCUGCCACUAAGCUGCAAGUUGCUGAUCAUGCUGGCCUGAAACCAUCAGAGUCGAAACCACACUUUGCCCUAUCAAAGUGGUCUUUGCAAGAAGAAUGUAACUCCACCUACGAUGUCAGUGAGCAAGCUAGUACUGAACCAAAGUUGAGGCAUCGUGGAUCAGCUACUACCCCAGAAGAUGGAAACCAUGAAAGGGAUGCAACCACAGCAGAUUCAUCUGCUGGUGCUGACACUAGCAGUCAUGUAAAUGUUCAAAGAGCGAGAUCAAAAGCAUUAUCAGUCUUUGGAGCAUUGGUGUCUCCAAAACUACGAACAGCCCAAAUUUCAUUUGAAACAGCGCUUGAAUUGAUUGUAGAGUUGGCAAAUUCAAGGUCGAAUAUGCUAGCAAGUUUCUCCCAGUUAAAAGAGUAAAGCUUGGCUUUUGAUUUGAGGUUUUGUACACUGGACAUCAAUAAUCAUGGGAUUGGAGCAACUGUAAAUUCAAAGUCUGGAAUCCAGUAUAUUUUCAAGGAAGCAUGAAUAUUUGUUGUGUAGCUCAUUAGCUGUAACCUAAGACAAACAUUGUGGCCUGGGCGUCCAUAGCCUCCCACUCCCAGCAUAGAAGAACGAGCUGAAGGAUGAGGUGACAAGAAGAGUAUUAAAUUUCCUGAAACUAUUGGCUCACACACAGAAAAUUCUGUUGCUUGGACUUGGACAAACAAAGGGCCAAGAACUGUGAUGUUUAUCCUAACAUUCGGGCUUAACCAAA